AUGGCCACUCCCCACACGCCCGUCUCCGAGGGCGGGCUAUCUAACCGCAAUCUCUACCAAUGCGGCACAUGCUCGCAGUCCUAUACACGCCUUGACCAUCUGGCACGCCAUGUCCGAUCACACACACAGGAAAAACCAUAUCAAUGCCCUACGUGCGGGAAACGGUUUGGUAGAAUUAGCGACCUGCUGAGCCGGCAUUCGGCUCUCCAUACCACAGACCGUGACUCCGCCCCUAAGAAGCGCCGCGGUAAUCAGAAUCCUGCAGUACGGGCUUCUCAGGCAUGCUGCGCCUGCGCUGAGCACCAUCUUCGCUGUGAUGAACAGAAGCCCUGUGGCCGAUGUCGACGUAGGAAAGUCCCCUGCGUACUGCCAUCUAAAGCGACGGGUGGAGGUAUGUCUAAUAGGCUGUAUGAGCCAGCGAUACCUCCAGAGCAGAAUGCAGAAGAAGGCGCUUUUAUCAGCCCUGUCGACUCUCUAGCAGGCCAGUCCUGGUCGGAACAGACGCACCAAGUAAUAGACGAUAUCAAUGUCUCGCACGACUUUUCUAGUCUUGUCGAAGACAGUAGAGACUUUUUGACGACUGCUCCAGAUCCACUGAGUGGUACCAGGACACCCCGGGGCCUGAUGACUUUCGGCUUGGAGACGGAUCUCGACCUGAGUAUUAUAGACCUGCACUUCCUGGAUUCGUAUAACAGCCAGAUCCCGUUCGAGUUUGAAGAGCUCGUGCCUACAUUAUCGGAUACUAUUCAGGAUAAUGGUGUAGAAUACAGCGAUGCUAGAGAGGAGAGGACUUCCCAAAGACUUAAAUGGCGCUUCGUGCCGGCUCCUCAAGACCAUGGAUAUUGUGAACAUGACAACCUCCUCCUACCAGCCCAGACAGACCCAUCGUCAACGCCCCAGAGCCUAGUCGGAGUCGCCAACCAAACGACAACAGAAAAGCUCGAUCUCUCCUCGCGAGACCGGAUCCUCAGCAUCGUUCUCAGCCAACUGAAACAUCCGAUCUCGGCCGCAGUGCACUCGUUCCCGUCAACGGAAUUUCUGGAUAGCCUCAUCCGAUACUACAUGACCGCCCCACUGUCCACCGCCAGCUCAUGGAUUCACCGAGCGGGGUUUCAGCCUCGGAAGGCCUGCCCAGAGCUCCUUUUAGCCAUGGCAGGUGCGGGCGCAGUGUUGACGCCAGAUGCAUCUCUACGAAAGCUCGGAUUCGCGAUGGAAGAGGUUGUUCGUCUACAGCUGCCGGGUGUAUUUGAAGAAGACAACCAGAGGAUACAUGACCUAGAGCUACUACAGGCAUACCUCAUAUAUCUCGAGGUCGGCCUAUGGAGUGGGAAUACCCGCAAGAUCGAGCUGUCCGAUGCGUUCCGGCAACCGUUAAUCACAAUGGUGCGUCGUCGAGGGAUGUUCCACCACUCUGCGUAUCCUGCUAUCUCGGUAGCCAUCGACGAGACUGGAGAUAGCUUGCAAGAAAAGUGGCACGAGUGGAUCGGACAGGAAUCCUACAAGCGACUCGCGUUUCAUUUGCUGCGUCUGGAUGCAGAGCUGUCGAUGGCCCUUCUUACCAACCCUGUAUUAUCCUACGCUGAGGUCUGCCUCCCUCUUCCGGCUCCAGAACAGCUCUGGCUUGCAGAUAACCCUUUUACAUGGAGGAAUCUAUAUUGCAAGAUAUACGCCCCUGGUGCCCCGCGCGCCCCAACCCUAACCGAGUGCAUAGCCAACAUGGACCUGAUCGAGUGUAACAAAGAUAUAAUCGACAAGCAGCUAUCAUGCGCUGCACUGCCCAACGCGCUCUGGGGUACAGUUUGGGAAUACCGACAGUUCAGCACAGUCCUCGGCACGCAAUCUCGUUACUGGGAUAAUGGUCUGUUGAUGGCAUCGCGGGCGCAACAAAUCACCAAGAUCCUCGAAUACUUCCACCUGCAGCAUAAGAGUGAAAGUGGAAUCAUCCUCCAUUUUAUCCUCAUGCAUAUGAACAUGUCUCUUGAGGAUAUCCAGUCACUCGCUACGUGUGACGACCCAAUCCGGGCCUGCGAUGAACAACCACUCUUGGGUGUUAAGUCGUGGUGUAAAUCCAGAGAGGCCCGCCAGGCUGUCUGGCACGCCAGUCAGAUUAUUCGUGAACUAAAACAUCUACCGUUUCAAGGCAUCCGAGACUUCAAGGCUAUUGCUCUGUACCACGCAAGCCUGGUGCUAUGGGCUUAUGGCAUGGCUGGGACUGAUUCCAUGCACUCGGAAGGUUCAAAUAUCUGGCUGGAUGGGGAGGAGGAUACGGAUACCCAGAGGUAUAUUGCCCUGAGCCGCGGAAUGCCGGUUAUACAGGGAGGGCUUGACGGGACUUUCAUUGCGUUGAGCCAGCCACGACGGGCUCUCGAGACGAUGAUUUAUCUGUUGCAGUCGAAUAGUCAUUCAGAGCCUGGAGCGCAACCGCCGCCUCUGGUUGCAAAUUUGAUUCUUAUUUUAGGGAAGCUUCGAGAUGUAAGCAGGUAG